AAAUUGUUCCUGCUUUUUUAUGGAAAAUUGGGAGAGAUAAUGAGAUAGUGAAGAUGAUGAUGACGUAUUAGAUUUUUGAGAUUGGAACUUCCAUGUCGUUUUGAACUUACACGUCGUAUCUCAUUUCAAUUGACUGACAGCUAUUACCGGGUAGCCAAAGUACAGCUGACUGUCAUCAACACACCGUUUAUUUUUUAUAAAUUAAGUGUGGCGUAGUAUUCAAAACAAGCAUUACUAUUUUACCUACACUGUUACUUCUCUUAUUCUUGUAUUUCAUUAGAACCAUUAUGAAUACAAUUUUAUUGGUUUGCUUUCAUUUACAUUUAUAAUAUACUCGGAUAAUUAUUGAUUUUUUGUCUUGUAAUGUAAACAUAAAGCAAUAUAUGCAACAUAAAUAAAGUAGUAAUUAUGAAUUUGGGGUCUAAUGUCUAUGGCAAUGGAUUAUUGUUUGCAGCUUUCAACCAAGAUCAAGGUUGUUUCGCGUGUGGUAUGGAUGAUGGUUUCCGAGUUUACAACUGUGAUCCUUUGAAGGAAAAGGAAAGGCAGGAUUUUUCUGAUGGUGGUCUGUCAAUUGUUGAAAUGCUUUUUCGGUGUAAUUAUCUAGCCUUGGUGGGUGGAGGAUUGAGGCCUAAAUAUCCUGUGAAUAAAGUGAUGAUUUGGGAUGAUAUGAAGAAACAAGAGGCUAUAUCCUUAGAGUUUUCAGCCCCAGUGCGUGGGGUACGUCUAAGAAGGGAUAGAAUAGUUGUUGUUCUGGAGGGUGUCAUUAAGGUCUUCACUUUCACACAGAAUCCGCAGCAGCUUCAUGUAUUUGAAACAAAUCCUAAUCCAAAAGGAUUAUGUGUGCUCUGUCCUAAUUCAAACAAUUCCGUGUUAGCCUUUCCUGGUCGGAAAACUGGCUCAGUGGUGUUAGUAGAUCUAGCUGAUACAGAAAGAAGACCAUUGGAAAUAGCAGCUCAUGAAGCCAAUCUCGGAGCUCUAUCUCUUAACUUACAAGGCAGUCGUCUUGCUACUGCGUCUGAUAAAGUUGUAUUUUAUUUAAAAAUUAUUAAAAUGUAUCUAUAUAAUUUUUUUUUAUUUUGCCGUUACAUUUAUUAAAGUGACAAAUGAGUAGUGUAAUUUUAAAACACCUAUUCCAUUCUUUUCUAUACAUUUUAUAACCACAAGGCUCUCUGUGACUAUAAUUGAAAAUGUUUUCAUUAAUCUCUCAAAGUCAGUUGAAAAUCAUCAAUAGGAUACAUUUUUCAUUUCAUUAAAAUUCCAGUACUCAUAUGCUUUCUAUCUAUUGAUUUAUAAAUUAAGAGUACUUUCCCAUACUAUAAAUUUCAUAUAUAGGUGAGUGAAAGUAAUGAAUACUUUAAUUUAUUAUUAUGUAUUCAAUUGAUUACCAUUGAUACACUUUGAAGUAGUGUAUUCUUUAUAGAAAUGACAUUUUUUAGAUAUUUGUCAAAAUAAAGUCAUAAUUGGUUCAUUUUUAAUUUGUUCAAGAAAAAAAAUGUUGCAAGCCUAUAGGGUAACCCAUUCUUCCUAUCACUAUUGGAAUACUCACAUGUUCUUCAUGUUAAAUCCAUAUAAUAGUUGAUUCCAGAACAUGACAAUUGCAUGUGAUAAUUAUUCCUAUUUAUCCUUACAAUCAUUAAUAAUUUAAUUUAAAACUAACAAAACUAUUGUUAAAAGUUUGCAGUGUUUUAUCUCACAAAUUUAUGAAUAAUAAAUAAAUAAUUAAUAAAAAUAAAAUGAACAUCUGGGAAUUGGUGUUAUGAUUACCAUUUGAGCCAUCUGAAAAAUAUUUAAAUUAAUAAUUUUUUUUGGAGGGGAGAUAAGAGAAUGGGUAUUAUAGGCCAUGUAGAUCUUAGGCACUGCUGGAGGGAGUCAACCAACCUUAUGUUGCUACGAACCAUGAUUUCCUUUCUAUAUUGUAACAGCAAGCUUCUGAUAGCUCUAUAACAAGUAUCUUUUAAGCCAAUUUAGCAGGAUUCUUCCCACCAACUUGUAUUCAAGGACAGUAAUAAAUGGUUUUAGAUUCAUGGCCUACGACUGUUCAGGGUCUGUAGGCACAUAAGGACCUAUAUUCUUUUUCCCGAAAUAUUAUGGACCAGGUGGGCACAAUCAUUCUGAAAAACCUAGUUAGGAUUCCAGAUUAAGCUACAUAGAAUAGAGUUAUCAUUUAUAUGUCCGCUGGUAUGAGUUGCCUCCAGUGAGUGAGUGGAAGGGAGAGAAUCUCAGGCUGCACCACUUUCCCUAAUGGGCGGGCGCAACAGCCUGCUGGAUAUUGCUGUUGUUUACCUUAUUAUUUUUUAAUUUAUAAUUUGCAUGCAAGGUUACAAUUCUAUUGUUUCCUAUUUAUCAUUAGGCUGUAUUUAUCUGAACUUCCUUACACUUUAAGAAGUUUAUAACUUGAAAUAUUACCUUUGUAUCAAUUAUAAUUCUGGUCUGGUUGCUUUGUUACUAUUAAAGCAUUAAUUUUUACAUUAUUUUUUAGGGUACAUUAAUUAGGAUAUUUGAUACUAUGACUGGGGAUAAGCUGAUGGAGUUGAGAAGAGGAGCACACUCAGCCCAAAUAUAUUGUAUAAACUUCAAUCAAGAUUCAACAUGGCUUUGUGUCUCAAGUGAUCAUGGUACUGUCCAUAUUUUUUCAGUUGAAGACCAAAAACUCAACAAGCAAUCAAGCCUUGCAUCUGCUACAUUCCUACCUAAGUACUUCAGUUCCCGUUGGAGCUUUUGUAAAUUCCAGGUUCCAGGUGGCCCUCAUUCUAUCUGCGCUUUUGGUUCAGAUACAAAUUCUGUUAUCGUGAUUUGUGCUGAUGGUAGUUACUACAAAUUCAUGUUCAAUUCGAAGGGAGAAUGCUGGAGAGAUGUUUAUGCUCAGUUUCUUGAAGGUUCAGAACCAAGCAUCUAAGGAAGAUGUCUGUAGUAUGUUUAUCAAACCAAAAUAAGGCAAAGAAAAAUCUUUCGAAACCUUACCUGUUGAGGAGCAGCAGUGAAUGUGAAGAAGGAAGGUGGCUGCUGCUGAGGUGGUGCACCAAAUACAAACGGUUUAGGUUCUGACUGCUGACUGAACAGUGAAGGUGCUGGUGCUGGGGGAGCCUGCUGUGGUUGCUGUUGAUUAAACAUCGGCAAUCCUGAACUAGGCUGUUGGCCUCCAAAUGGUUCUGUAGGAGCAGAUGCUACAGCAUUGAAUGUGAACUGCCCUCCUUGGUUACUUUGUGAAUUUCCAAUGAAAGAAAAUGGUUUGUUUUCAGUUUCCGGAGGUUUGAAGCCAGUAAAUGAUCCUCCAAAAAUAUUAUGUGUGUUGGAAUGUUCAUUGUUGGCAAGGUUAAUAGUAUCACUAGGAGGUGCACUAAAACUAAUAGGUUUAGAUGGUUCAGAUAAAGAUGGUUUCAAAACAGCAUUGGGUUCAGUACUGCCAAAUAUAAAAGUAUUUGGAGCUGGUUCUUUGCCAGGUUCCUUGGAUGCAGUAGAAUUAUUUUCAAAUGGAGAUUUGGUUGGAAAAGUGAAAUUUGUUGAACCAUCAUUACUUUUUGAUAUUACACUACCAAAUAUUGAAGAAUUGGUAUCAUUGCUGAUACGCUUUUCAGAAACCAGGGGUUUCCCAAAACUGACUUUUUUCUUAAGAGGCUUUUCAUCAUCGACAGAAGUAUCAUCUGUUUUAUUUCCUUUGGCAUUACUUCCGAAGGAAAACAAAUUGGAGACAACAGGUUUUGGUGGUUCACUCUCCUUAGGCUUGUCUGAAUUCAUGAAAGUGAAUGUUGGCUUACUUUCAUUGUUAGGCUUAGGUUCAUUGGAUCCAAAUUUGAAAACAGAAGUAGUACUUUUCUUCUCAUCUGGCUGACUUCCAAAUGUAAACUGAGGUUGAACAGCAGUAGUUUCUAUCUUUUGAGUAUUUAAAUUCAAGCCUAUCUGUAAAUUUGGAGUAGACGACGAAUUUGUACUAGUAACUCCAAAAGAGAAUGUUGGUUUAGGCUUUUCUACCGGAUUCGCUCCAGGCUUAGGUGCAGUACACGACACACAACUAUUGACAUCGUUUUCAUUCUGAACUAGACAGGAGUUACAUUCCCACUUAUUGGAUUUUUUGAAUGAAUUAAUAAGUGGUGGAAAUGAGGCAUUGGUUUUUGGCACGGAAUCACUUUUCUGGUCUGUACCAAACUUAAAGCCAGCAUUUUUAACUUCUUCAUUAGAGCUUCCAAAAGAAAACUGAGGUGGUUUCUCAGUGGCAUUAUCAUUUUUCUGUGCGUUUGGAUUAGCUUCAAAUUUAAAGCCACUAGAUUCAUUAGAUCCAGGAGGAAUGCCGAAAGAAAAUGUAGGCUUAGGUUUUUCAACAGAUGCAGACCCAGGUUUUGAAGCAUUACAAGCAACACAACUAGUAACAUCAGAUUUGUUUUGUACCCAGCAUGCAUUACAUUCCCACUGUCCUGGAGGCUUUUUAAUAGAAUUGGCCAUGGGAACAAAAUUAGCAGCAGUUUUAAUCAGUGGAUCAGUUUUAUUUCCACUAGAAGAAAAUGUUAAUGCAGCAGGAGUUACAGUAAGAGUAUUAACAGAGUUCUGAGGUUUUCCACUUUUAGGAGUAGAACAAGACACACAAGCAUCCGAUGAAUUUUUAUUCAUUACAAAACAUUCUUUGCAUUCCCAUGUAUCGGCAGGUUUUUUAUAACCUUCAAAUCCUUUCAGAGGAGCCUUGGCAAGUUUGUUUCCUUUUUCUAAGCUAUUAGAUUUGUUUUUCUUUUCUGAAUUUUCAUCAACAACUGUGCUCUUUUUACUGUCUAAUUUGGAUUCAGAUGCAUUGUCUUUAGUAUGUUUGAUAGAUCCAAUAGAAUUUUCACAAGAGCACUUACCUUUAAUUUUAUCAUAAUUUAUCUUACAUUUACUACACUGUAAACUCUUUUCAGAAUGUUUUAGAGUUUCAACUUUUUCUAAGCUUGCAUUAUUUUUGUUGAAUAUUUCAAUAAUGCUACCAGUUUUCAUCUCAGAAGACUUUUUCAAUUCAAAGUUUUUGGUUUCCUUUUUAGGAUUAGAUUCAGUGGAUUUCCUUUUAAGUUUAAAGUUUGGAGAAGAUACUUUCAUUUUUAGAGUGUUUACUUCAUUAAGAUUGUCUUUCAAAGGAAAUGAAUUUUGAGAUAAAGGAGAUUUGAGGGUUUUCUUAUUUGUCUCAAUUGAGGUAAGAGGUUCACUAAAUUUGAAAGCAUUGACAUGGAAAUUUGGAAUAAUCUUCUCAGAAGAAAUCUUUUCUAAAGUUUCGGGUUCUGAAAACUCAAAUUUUGGUAAGCUUUUUGAAACUGUCACUGAAUUAUUUUUUGGAGAUCCAAGUUUAGCUUGUGUUGAAGUUUUCAAGUCAAAUUUGGGCAGAGAUGUUAUUUUUAGCUGCACAUUAGGAAGAUUUAAUUCUGGUACUCUUUCUGUUUGAAGUUCUUCAUCUUUUUGGCGUCCUUUAAUACUUCCUAUGUGCGCUUCUUUUGUGCUUUCUGGCCUGUAG